AAAAUCAUGUCGCUUUUUUCACCAAGUGUUAUCACCUAACACCUUCUCUUCUCUACGUCAUACGUGUAGAUCAGUGAUUUUCAACCGGUGUGCCGCGAGAAAUGUCAUUAAAUAUUGAAGACAGUGUUUUCGGCGAAGUUGCCGAAGUUGUUGUGGUUGUCAUUAAUUGCGGGAGUGUGCCGUGAAAAUUUGUGAUGCAUAAUUUUAGUGUGCCGUGAACCAAUAAAGGUUGAGAACCACUGGUGUAGAUAAUCGUCGCGUGGUUAAUGUUAGUGAUAAGCUUAGCUACAACCACGGCCGCUAUAGAUACUAUAACCGUGGCUCCAACGUGCCGUUCUAUUGAUUCUACGCAAAGGUGAUAGUUAUUGUUUUAUGAUAGUACUUAAUUUUAUGUUUGAUGCCCACGAUUUUUCCUAUCCAAUAUAUUGUUUUUUUCUUUUACCAUUGUACAAUUGUAAAGUAAUUACGUUAUUACGUUCUACAGUUUUAUUUUGCUACCAUUAGAAUCAAGUGAAGAGAUAAAUAUGUCUACUAAGAAAAAUGCAUUUGCUAUUUUCUUGGCUGAUUAUAGAAAUGAAGAAAUUAAUAAAGGAAAUAAACCUUCUAGCUUUCAACAAUUGAGUAUUAAAUUAGCGCCCAUAUGGAGUUCUAUGACUGAUGAAGAAAAAAAUAAGUAUAAAGUUCUUGCUGGUAAAAAUAAAGAAAAGCCGUUGGCACAGAUUAGUGAUCAACAGAAGAACAGCUGUGAUUUUUUGAGUAUGCAGAAAUAUUUGACCAAGAUGUUUGAAUUUAUUCUAAAUGAUAAGGAAUUACUCGAAAAGAAGUUUAUUUUAUUGCACAUAAAUUGUCAUACCCAUAAUGGAGAACAAUAUUAUUUUCCAGCUGAAAUAGCAGCAUUAGAAUUUAAUUUAAUAAAUGGUGUUUCUCGUACAUAUCAUAAAAUUAUUGGUAUUUCUAAAAUAUACCCGAGAGGUUUUGCUGGUGGUAUGAGAGAGUAUUCUGAUCUAUUUCAUCAAAUUUGUUGUUGGCAUGAACAUGAUGAUGAUUAUCAAGAUAUAUUAUUGGAAUUUUUAACAUUUUUAAAGGAUGGAAAUAUCAAUCAAACUGAUUUUCAAGAAGGUACAUUGGAUUUGCCAUAUUUAUUCACUGCCGAGACAGAAAUCGGCAUGGAUAUAAUGAAAGCUAAAAGUAGUUUAGAAAGAUUUUACUCUACAGUUUUCCCAAAAGAUGGUGCUGAAAAUUAUAAGUCUGUAUUCAAAAUAGGAAGUAUUAAUCAAUUAUUGUUGGAAAUUAAAAAAAAAAUGAAACUAAACUUGGAUCCACAAAAUAUAAGACCAGGAAUGUCAGUUCAUGAUAUAUUAGAAUCCGAUAUGUUUGGACGUGGUCUCGGUUGUAUGUACCACGAAAUGAAAGAUAUUGCGUUCAAAUGUUCCAAAGCUCGUGUUAUUCAGUGGAUGUCAAAUAUUUGCAAGCACAUAAGCACAUAUACUAGUUUACAGAUUGUUCCCGGAAGACACAUAGCAGCUCAAUUAAAAGAUGGCUCAAGAAUGGUAAUGCAAAAGUGAAAUUGUAUUAUUUUUACUUGAUUAUUGAAAAUGCAAAUUUACCACUAACCAAACAAGAUCUAAAAUUAAUAGACAUAAAUACUUUCAAGGAUGAUAGUAUAUUGCCUAACCGUAUUGAAUCAUCAAUUCUUACACAAACACAACAA